AUGUCCAAGACUGUCACUAGAUCUCCUGCUUUUGAUGCUGCAUUGCACGUUAUUAAGGGAGCGGUUUGCACGGUUCUCCGUAUACCCACUGGCCGGACUACUGAUAGAGUAUCCCCUCACGAGGGUGGCGGUAAACUCACUCUGAACGCUAUCAAGGAUGAACCCACAGAGGAGCAGAAGGAGUUGAUAGUCACCAACGUUCAUAACAAAGUGGAGGAAAACGCACCUUUCAAGGUUUUCACUGGAGUCCCUCGUGACCUCGCUGAGAAGAAGUACUUUGAUACCAUGUACGAUAGCUUCAAGGUCCCCGACUCCGUGAAGGAGCUUCGGUUAGUGUAUUUAGAACAAUGGAACCUCAACUGCAAUGUGCAUCCUAUUGUAAAAUCUACUGGCCUUUUGGGCGAUAUAAACCUUACCAAAUGGAAGUAUUCUGCCAAGAAAUCUACUCUCGAGAUCUCUUUUACAGGCAAGUCCUAG